AUGCGGGCGGUGCGGCUGGUGCGGCUGGGCCGGGCCUCGCUGGGGGCGUCGCUGCGGGCGCAGGCGGCGGGGGCGGCGGCGCUGCGGGGCCCGGAGGGAGCCGGGGAGCCGGAGCGGCUGGUGGUCUGGGAGCCGCGGGGCCCGGUCUACACGGCGGGGCUGCGCGGGGAGGAGGAGCCGGGCCUGGCCGGGCGGCUUCGGGCGCUGGGCGCGGAGGUGACCCGCCUGGGCCGCGGCGGCCGGCUGACCUUCCACGGGCCGGGCCAGCUGGUGGCCUACCCGGUGCUGGACCUCCGCCGACGCCGCCUGGCCCUGCGCGCCUACGUGGCCGCCCUGGAGCGCCUGGCCCGGGACGCCUGCGGACGCCUCGGCCUGCCCGCCGCCCGCGCCCUCCCGCCGCCCCGCACCGGCGUCUGGCUCGGCGACCGCAAGCUCUGCGCCAUCGGUGGGUGA